AGCGGUGUGGGUUUGUUUUGGAUGUUUAGCGGAACCCUGAAGGCGACGAGUAGAGAAGUGGCGCACAGGACACAGCAAUGCUUACAGUAUCGUCUAAGACGUUGUGUUUUCCUCACAACUUUGGUUAAUUUUAUUGUAUUUUGACAUGUUUUAAUUUCACAGUUGACGGUUUCGUUUUCUGAGGGGAAAGCUAGCAUUCGGAGGUUAGCCUGUUAGCUUUGCGAUCAGCUGGUAGGCGACAAAAGAUGCAGGUCGGUUAGCUUAACGCCAGUGCAGUGAAUAUGUAGCUAAACUGUUAACUUUGAAUUAUUUCUUAGGUUUAAUCUCGGGCGAACAAACAAAUGAAACUCGUCAGCUAACGGCUGUUUAGCUUUAAAACGGGUAUCUCGCCCUGAAACUAGCUAGCCAGUUAUCGUUAGCAACAUGGCCACCGCUCCAGGCUUCUCCUCGGGUGUAAACGGCUCCAGAAGUGGCCCGUCUGUCUCCGCGUCCUCCUCCGGAUCAGCCAGCCAGGCUCAGCCCAUGGUGAUGGUCUGGGAAUGGCAGGACUAUUCGGGUUUGUGGCGGCCUUAUAGCAGCCAGGUGAGUUGUUUUAUCGAGCAGUGUCUCCAGCAGCAGCAGCGGCCGGGCUGUCCGGCCAUCAGCAGCAUCUCCCUGGGUCAGUCCGAUCCCAGCCUGUCAGCCUACAUCAUCGAUAUACCGAACCUGAAACAGUUCCGACAGGACAGCGGUAAGAUGCGCUCUGUACGGCGCAGCCUGUACCCACAGUCCUCCGCCCUGAGCAGCGGUGUGCUCUGGGAAUGGGCCAACGACGAAGGAGGCUGGACGGCCUACGAGAUGCACACCUCCCUCCUCCUGGAGCACAGCUACCAAACCCGCCAAGCCUCGGUGGACCUGGCUCCGCAGGGCCACAACUACGUCAUAGAGCUCCUAACGCUCGAGCAGAUCAACAAGAAAUCGGGCUACAGGCGCCGCGUGCGCAGGCAGUCCGGCGUCGGCUACCCCUCUGCGUCUGGCUCGAACGCGGGUUCAGCCUCCGGCUCCGUCAUCCAUUCAGGCGCUGCGUGCAUGUGCCAUCAGUGCUUAAACCACGGUCCCAUGCCCGGCCGGUCCCGCAACUCUUUCUCGGGUGGGGCCGGACCGUCGUACUCGCCGUAUCCCAGAAGGCCGCUGUCUGUAGGGCACAUGGCGUUGGGAGGCCCAUGGAGCCCGGCAGCUUCGUCUAUGGGUCAGCCUCCAGGGCCGUCGCAUUCAUUCUCUACGAACGCAAACGGAUUAAGCGUCACAGCUAUUCCCCUGCAGCUGAACGGCUCCAGCAGCGUGAGUGCCGCCCUGGCAGGCAUGGCUUCCAUUUUGAUGUCAGCAGCAGGACUGGGAGUUCGCUUCAUCACCGGGCCCCCCAGCAAGCCCAGCCAAGCCCAGGCCGGCUCCGUUAAGAGGGCAAAGAGACAGCACAGGACAGCUGGCCAGAAACCAGAGGAAGUCAUUAAGAGAUACAUGGAGGAAGUGUCUACUAUUCCUGACGAGGACUGUAUGAUCUGCAUGGAGCGCCUGUCUUGCCUCUCCGGUUACGACAACCCUGAAGACGGCGGCCGGUCCCUGAAGCCCAACAUGGUGGGGAAGUUUACCAAGUGCGGCCACACCCUGCACAUGCUCUGCAUGCUGGCCAUGUACAACAACGGAAACAAGGAUGGCAGCCUGCAGUGCCCCUCAUGCAAGACAAUCUACGGAGAAAAGACUGGCACCCAACCAAAAGGCAAGAUGGAGAUCUACUGCGUCCCCCUGUCCCUCCCCGGCCACUCGGACUGCGGCACCAUCCAGAUCAUCUACAACGUCCCACCCGGGAUACAGGGCCCGGAGCACCCGAAACCUGGCCAGGCGUACACCAGUCGAGGCUUUCCUCGCCUCUGCUUCCUGCCUGAUAACGAGAAGGGUAGAAAGGUCCUGGAGCUACUGAAGGUGGCGUGGACGCGGCGGCUGAUCUUCACAGUGGGCACGUCCAGCACGACAGGCGAGCCCGACACCGUGGUGUGGAACGAGAUCCACCACAAGACCGAGAUGAUGUCCAACGUGUCGGGUCACGGUUACCCCGACCCCAACUACUUGGACAACGUCCUGGCCGAGCUGGCAGCGCAGGGGGUGACCGAGGACUGCCUGAAACGCGGCGUGCCCAAACAGCGCGAGCCCAAGUAGCAAUCGAAACUGAUCAAAUCUACGCAGUCUGGUCAGACAGUGCCGUUUUAAGCAUGCUGUAACUGCGGAUUGCGUCGUUCCUAAAUACACAAGCUAGAAUGAGCUGGACUUGCAGGCAGAAUUGCGAUCGACAUGCUUUUUAAAUCAGCUGCGCAGGCUACGAUGGGCUGGACGAGUCACCAAGCUCAUUUUUCUUUACCCGACAUGUUUUUUGGGCAUUUCUGGGCAUCUUUAUAUCUGUUAAACUGGGCUUCGUUCACACUGCAGGUACAGAUAUGUGGCAUUUUUAUCUCAAUCUGUGACAGUCACACAUAGUUUGCAAAUCCGAUCUGUAUCUGGUAAAUCUACGGCUUAAAAAUUCAACCGAAUUAUUAAAUUAGCCUUUUUAAAAUUUCUUUUCAUGUCUUACCACCACUUUGUCCUGGUCAGGGUCGUAGUGGGUCCAGAUUUCCCUGGAAUCAAUCGCUGGACACAAUGCAGUAACACAUCCUGGACAGCCUCAGAUGUAACCAAUCCACCUGUAUGCUUGUCCGACCGGCCCACAGAACAGCUGGGGAUUUGAACCCUGGGUAGCUGUAGUGGGCUGGUGCAGUUUACCCACUCGUGUGUCAGCCACAGUAAUUGCUAAUAGGUGGUGUUAGUAGGUGUUUAGGAAAUUAUAUGCUUCCAACUUUGCAGCAACAGUUUAGGGAAGGCCCUUUCCUUUUUCCUGCAUGACCUCAGCCCCACUGAACAGCUUUGAAAUGAACUGGAAUACCAACUGAGGCUUUCUUGACCAACAUCAAAUGCUGCCAUAGUGAUAAAAGAUCAGAGCUCACUUCUUUAAUAGCAUUUGUUCUUGAAACGGGACGUCCAACGAGCUCACGGUCAGGUGUCCAAACACUUUUGGACAAAUACUAAGCAGAUGUAUAUGCUCCCCGGUGUCGAGUUCUUCUUCCAUCCAUUUGUGUUGAACCGGAAAUCAAUCCAGCAGAGAAACCUACUUAAUCCCGCAGUGUGAACGAAGCCCAUCAAAAGGCAGCUGUGGCUUCAAAUCCGAACAUGCAAUUUCCAGCGGCACUUUAGCAUCCGCGGCGCAGUAAACCGAGGCGUUUCCCAGGCCGGGUGAAGCUCGAGCGACUAACUGUUAUUUUCUUCACAAAGUAUUUCGGUCUUUUGAGCGGCCUCGGCGGGGCGUCUUUUUCAAAUUCGUCCUGGCACGACUGGCAUCGGGAUACACGUACAAUCAAACACUGGUCUCUGCAAUACACGUCUCGGCGUGGCACCAACUUCCAGUACCGUGAUUGGCGAGUGAUUUAAGGAGCACAAAUGCAAAUCUUUUUUUUUGACUAGUACUGGAUGAGUGUUUUUUUUUUUUUAUUACAAAUUAAAUCAUAAUAAAAUAAAACUAUUAUAAUUUA